UUCGCGGUCUGUAAUGUCAGCAGAACAGGAGAAGGAUCCCAUUUCGCUGAAGAGAGUUCGAGGUGGUGAUAGUGGACUGGAUGGGUUAGGAGGACCAGGUGUACAACUAGGAAGCCCAGAUAAGAAAAAACGCAAGGCAAAUACACAGGGACCGUCUUUUCCUCCAUUGUCUGAGUAUGCUCCACCACCGAAUCCAAACUCUGACCAUCUAGUGGCUGCUAAUCCGUUUGAUGACAACUAUAAUACUAUUUCCUAUAAACCAUUACCGUCGUCAAAUCCAUAUCUUGGCCCUGGUUAUCCUGGCUUUGGAGGUUAUAGCACAUUCAGAAUGCCACCUCACGUUCCGCCAAGAAUGUCUUCCCCAUACUGUGGUCCUUACGCACUCAGGAACCAGCCACACCCAUUUCCUCAGAAUCCUCUGGGCAUGGGUUUUAAUCGACCUCAUGCUUUUAACUUUGGGCCACAUGAUAAUUCAAGUUUUGGUAAUCCAUCUUAUAAUAAUGCACUAAGUCAGAAUGUCAACAUGCCUAAUCAACAUUUUAGACAAAAUCCUGCUGAAAAUUUCAAUCAGAUUCCUCCACAGAAUAUUAGCCAAGUUUCUAACCCUGAUUUGGCAUCUAAUUUUGUUCCCGGAAACAGUUCAAAUUUUACUUCUCCAUUAGAAUCUAAUCAUUCUUUUAUUCCUCCCCCAAACACUUUUGGGGGUCAAGCAAAAGCACCAGCCCCAAAACAAGACUUUACUCAAGGAGCAACCAAAAAUGCUAAUCAAAAUUCCUCUGCUCAUCCACCUCACUUGAAUAUGGAUGACACAGUGAAUCAGAGUAAUAUUGAAUUAAAAAAUGUUAAUCGAAACAAUGCAGUAAAUCAAGAGAACAGCCGUUCAAGUAGCACUGAAGCAACAAACAAUAACCAUGCAAAUGGGACGCAGAAUAAGCCACGACAACCAAGAGGUGCAGCCGAUGCCUGCACCACUGAGAAAAGCAAUAAAUCUUCUCUUCACCCAAGCCGUCAUGGCCAUUCAUCUUCUGACCCAGUGUAUCCUUGUGGAAUUUGUACAAAUGAGGUAAACGAUGAUCAGGAUGCCAUCUUAUGUGAGGCCUCUUGUCAGAAAUGGUUUCAUCGGAUCUGUACUGGAAUGACUGAAACAGCCUAUGGCCUCUUAACUGCAGAAGCAUCUGCAGUGUGGGGCUGUGAUACCUGUAUGGCUGACAAAGAUGUCCAGUUAAUGCGUACUAGAGAAACUUUUGGUCCAUCUGCAGUGGGCAGUGAUGCUUAAUCACAGGUAUUACCUAAAGUGGGUUUAUUUUCCUGUGCAUUACAGAAGUUCAGUGACACAAGAUUUUAAUGUUUUACAUUAUUUUUUUAAAUGCACACACAAAAAUAUUAUUUACAUGUAAGUUUUUACUAAUAAUUCAUUUCAUUACUAGAGCAAAUUUUGUAUUGUCUUUGCCUGCUAUCUAAAAUGAGAAUCAUGUAUAUGGCGGUGCUUUAGAAACAUUUAUAAAUAUAUGUUAGUUGUUAUUUAUCACAAACAAAAGCCUCUUGAAGCUUCAAAGUAGUAUAUAACAAAUGUAGGCAAGUUUUAACUUUUAAAAGUUAAAAUCAUUGAAAAAUGGAUAUUUAGUGCUGAACUUUGGUUGUACCAUAUUAAAGAUUUAGUUCAAAAAGUUUAUCUAGGAUCCACUUAACAUGUCUUCACAACAUAAUAUAUGUAACUGUAACAUGGGGGAAAGUAUACAUUUUUAUGGAUUAAAAAAAUAAUAGUAUGACACCAGAUUUUUCCUUCACUAGGGUCUUUGGAAUUAAUUUCAUAUUUUCAAGUGAGUUUUCAGGAUAUCUGUACAGAUACGAGACAGAUCUUAGCAUAUAGUAAAUUCUCAGUAUUUGUUGAUUAACUUGUGGAUGCUACCACAUGAAAUUGCUAAUAUUAGAUCAGUUGAAAAUUGACUGCAAUUAGUAAAAUUGGCAUAACGUAUUUUUCCAGUUGUGCUAUUUGUAGUAUUAUGCUCCUGAUUUUCUUUGAUAUUGAGUUGUUUUGUUAUUGUUUAUUAUUUACCAGAGAAAUAAAUACUAUAGUAUCCAUAGAAGAAUUGUGAAUACUUUUUGUAUAAUUUUGAACUGGGACAUAAUACAAAUGAGGAAGGAAGAAAUAUCAAUUUGGCCUUAAAGGGCUCUGCUAGCAAAAGCACUACCCAGUGUUCAUUUGAAAAAUCUUGUUCCGGGGAUCUGAAUUUCAAAAAUGAACUUUAGGGGAGAUCAAAAUCCAUUUUAAACAAAGAUCAAUUAAGAGCCAAAGUGAAAUUGAACUCAAAAACAACAAAUUGAAGGCUUGCAGCAGACUUAAGAAGUUUCCGCUGGCUCUGGGGUAAAGUAUAAAAAUGGACCUGAGUACCCUCUUGAGGGAUGAUCAAGCAUGGAGACAGUUGGAAGUGUGCUCAUUAAGAUUCAAAACAGCGGAAAUCCAUUUUUGGAGCAGAUCAUAACCUGUGGCCAAAAAAAAAAGUGUACUGCUUGACAACUAAUGGCCAUUUAUACAAUCGCUGGAGGCUGGUAUCCCUGAUGUGUUGCCACCAUUAUCAUUGCAACCAAAAAAAUUCUGAAGGGUGUUUGAUGAUCUACAAAGGAGAUAAUUAUUAUUAUUUAAACCCAAGUGAAACAAUGAUGGCAGCAGUGUAUUAUCAAGAAAUUUAAAUUAUGCAUGAAAAAUGUGAUUUAAAAACAAUGUCCUUUGGUUAGCACAAGAAGCUACAGUUUUACAGACAAGGUCUCAACCUCACAUGUCACAAGCCACUGAAGCAAAGUUAAGUGACUUGGGCUAUGAAAUUUUGUCAUGUCCUUUUUAGUCACUGGACCUUUAUCCAAUAGACUACUAUCUUUAUCGUUUGGAGCUUUUUCUAAGAAACAACGCAUCCCCCAAUUGAGUUGCAGUAACUAGAAGAUGUGAACAAUUUUUAUGGUCUAACCAAUGAUGAAUUUUAUAAAACUUAAACCUUUAAUAUUCUGUUGGAAGAAAACUGUGCUCCUGAUGCAUAUUUUGAUUGAAUAAAAGUUAUUUUUUUAACUACAGUGUUUUAAUUUUGACCUACA